CUGCGGGUAAAAGAGGUUCACUAAACAAGAGCUAGGAAUCCAGGAUGGCGAAGAAAGACGACUUCGACGAUGUGCUGGGGAACAAGUUCAGUCUUGUGAAUGCCAAAAGUUCGAAAUUGCUAGCAUCCUGGAUGGGCGCUGAACCAACAGCCGCACCUUCUACAAAUAAUGUUUCAGACGCCCAAGAUGAAGAUGCAGACUUGAAGCAGGCCGACUUUGGGCACGACAGGCUUGGCGUAGGCUCAGCGAUCCCAAAAGACAUAGCAGAUGGGAGUUUCACAAGAAGAGCACCAACAUCCAACGACAAGCUACUUGAACAGCUGAUUGGCAAGAAACGUGCAAAAGCGCAUCUCGCAGCAAAACAAGAAGCAGAGCGAGCAAGCGCACGCCAACAGCCAACAUGGCGGCAAAAAAAGGAAGCGAAAAAAGUCGAGGAGAGCGAAGACGAAGAGGAGGGCAGAGCUGCGACUAUUACCUCGAAGCGCCAGACGGCAAAUGGCACCAAACCAAUGUCUAAGCCAAUGACUGUCGUAGAGGACAAGCCAGAGGUUGCAGAAGACAGAGUUGAGGAGAGUUCAAAGAACGCAGAAACAGAACAAACGCCGAAGAACGAUUCAGAUGAUGACAUCGAUCUGAAGCCGAAGAAACGCGUCAAGAAGAGCAGAGCGAAACCGACCAGCUAUCUCGACGAGAUCCUCGCUGAGAGGAGCAAGAAGAAGAAGGCCAAGGCCAAGGGUGGCAUCGAAGAUGAAUGAGAAAACGUUCGAGUGUUGCAUGGGAUGAGGAGUUCGGUGUUUGAGCAUCUACGAUACCCGUUUUCUAUAAUCAUAGUUCAAGAGAUUGGUGAGGGAAAUUGAAUGUCUGGU